AUGCUCGCGUCACGACUACCCCAGAUUCCCCAUCCUCGCGCCCUCGGUCUCUCCAGCCUCAAGGCAUUCCGGGGCUGCCCCGCUCAUUCUAUACAGAACGGAGCACCAAUAACACUGACGAAAUGCAGAACCCUUCACGAACAUUCCAGUGGUCGACCGCCUUUGGCAUUUGUCUUUGAUAUCGAUGGGGUGCUGAUACGAGGUCCUAAGGUUAUUCCUGCCGCGAAGCGGGCCUUGGCUAUGCUGGAAGGAAACAAUGAGUGGGGAAUAAAGAUACCGUAUAUUCUGCUUACGAAUGGGGGAGGUGUCGGAGAGGAAUACCGGUGUCAUAGGUUGACGAAGCAACUUGGCUUCGAGAUUCGCCCAUCCCAGUAUAUCCAAGCACACACCAUCCUAAAGACCUUUGCUCCAAAGUUCGCCGAUGAGCAUGUUCUUGUCCUCGGUGGCAAGCUUGAUCGGGUACGGGAGGUCGCGGAGGGAUACGGUUUCAAGAACGUGUACACUACGCUGGACGUACACGCAUGGAACCCUUCCGUUUGGCCAUUCCAUGAGUUGACAUCAGACGAACGUCAUUCUGCCAAGCUAGUCGACUUCUCCCAAACACCUAUCAGUGCCGCUUUGGUGUUCCAUGACCCCCGGAACUGGUCACUGGACAUACAGAUUCUAUGCGAUAUCAUUCUCUCAGGUGGUAUAAUUGGAGGUCCAUAUCGAGCGGCUGAGAAACCCAUAGAACUGAUUUUCUGCAAUCCCGAUUUAUUAUGGCGAUCCGACUUCAGCCGUCCUCGCUUAGGACAGGGUGCCUUCAAGGAGGCAUUCCAGGCCGUCUACAAGGCGUUGACAGGAUCGGAAUAUCCCUACAUUCAGUACGGCAAACCCACUGAAGCGACAUAUCGCUUUGCAGAGAAGGUGCUAAAAGCUCACAUGGGACAACUGGGCUGGAAAGGGAAACUGCCACCGGUUGGACACACGAUAGAUAACCCAGAGUCUGACAUAGCUGGAGCGAAUGCUGCGGGAUGGCCUUCGGUUCUGGUGCACACGGGGGUGUACGAGCCCAGUCAGGGCCCUCCCUCGCAACGCCCGACAUAUGAGGCCGACGAUGUCGAAGCGGGUGUGAGAUGGGCAAUCGAGAGAGAGAUGGGGGAUUUGAAAGCAAGGGCUGCAGCGGACCUUGGCAAUUAA